AUGUCAUGCUCCCUCAUGCGCCACGCUGUCAACAGUUUGCUCCUUACCCUGCUCUUCCUGCUCCCAAGGCCGGAAGCCCCUGUCUCACCAACGCUGAAUUCACUGCGCUCUGCCCCUCUCUCCCCUCCAUCGCUUUUCCCCUUUCACUCCAUCUCCCUCCCAGUCUGCUCCCUGCCUUGCCAUUCGUCGACCUCAAGGCUGGAAGCACCUGUCUCACCAACAUCAACGCGAUCUGACAACGCAUUCUCCUUCUUUCCUCUCCCUUCCUCCCCUCCGUCUCCCCCUCCCUCUCCUCCCACUCUCCUCCCUGCACUCCCUUUCCUCGACCUCAAGGCUGGAAGCCCCUGCAUCAACGACGCUGCAUUUGCUCUCCCACUCUCUCCCUCCCUCCCUCGUCCCCUUCCCUUCCCCUCCAUUCUUCUCCCAGACGGCUGGCAUCUGAGUGACAAAUGCACGUCCAUACUACCGGAGAGCAUUGAGGAGCUGGCGUUGUGUGGCGCAGACAGGCACACAGACGCCCUCAUUCAUGGCCUGGCAGACAGGCUUGGCCCGAACCUAACCAAAUUCGCCUUCUCCGGCUUCAGCCGGUCCAUAGGCUCGGACCCCUUCGUCUCGCUUCUCUCCGUGUCACCUCGCCUCGUGUCUCUCGCCAUCGAUGGAGGGGAAGGGCUGGAUGUGGAUACUAUCGUGAUCACUGCUGGGAUGAGCUGUCCCUUGCUGAGAGAGCUCAGUGUCUAUGACAUGUCCCUGGUGACACUGGACUACCUGGCCAGUUGCCACCUGUCCCAUCUCACCCGCUUCCGGCACAAGAGGCGGCACGAGCGGGGCGUGGGGGUGAGCGACUCGCUGCUGCUACGGCUGAUGCUGCUGUGGCCAGGGCUGGAGGAGCUGGUGCUGGUGGAUAAGGCAGCAGAGGGCGUGGGGCAAGGGAGAGCAGAAGAGGCCCUUUCAGACACAGGUCUCCUCAUGCUCACCGCCUGGGCUCCCUCCCUCACAACCCUCACUCUCAGCCUGCCCUCCCUCUCUGCCUCAAAACGCUGCUCUGAAGUGGCGCUAAUGCAAGUGGCCAGUGCGUGCACCAAUCUCACUCAUCUCGACCUCUCCAAUUUCAGAUGCAUGUCCGAUCCGCCUCUGCAUGAGUUCGUUUCUCGCUGUCCCUCGCUCGCCCAUCUCUCUCUAGCCGGUGCGACCAUCACCGAUGCUUCCUUGGACCUCAUAGCCUCGCACUGCCCCAACCUCCUGUCCCUCUCCAUCAAGUGCUGUCGCAAGUUGCUUGAGCCAGGCGUCAGCGCAUUGGCCCGCUGCUCCCGGUUGCAAUCACUCAAUGCUGCUCUGGUGCCGGGGGUAACAGACGUCUCUGCUCCGCUCCUGUUUCAAGGAGCCACGGCUCUUAAAACUCUGGUGCUGAACCAAAGCCCACUACCAGACAUCUCGUUACUGUCACUCUCCUCACACUGUCACGGUCUGGAGGAGCUGGCACUGCAUGGCUGCCCCAGACUCACCAAUGAG